AUGGAAGCAAUUUUUACAGACAACGAAGAAGAGCUAAAGAAAUUGUCUUUAAACAUUAAUAAAAAGGACAUUAAAGCAAGACUUAGACAAUCUAUUAUCAGCAACUCACCAAAGAUCUAUGAUCAACUCCUCAAAAGUAGAAAUGUAGAAACUCAAAUAGCAAUUGUCAACAUUAUUAUUAAGGCUAUGAAUAAAGAAGAUAUUCGUUCUAGCAAUUUGCUAAAUGUCCAUAAUAAGCGUAUUCUCAGUGUUCAGAAGAAUAAUAAGAAUAGCCUUCUCAGCUUCUUAAAAGAGUUUUCAAUGAUUGAGCCUGAGUGCAGAGUUGUGGGUGUAGAAGUAGAUCUAUUCAAGAUUAGGGACAGAGAAAUAAAUGGUGGGUUUCUUUUUAUGGGAGAUGAAAAUUUCAGGUUUCAAAAGGAUAACGAAGUGGUGAUAAUACAAUUCAAGUCCAUAGAAAAUGUAUUAUUUAACGGUAUUGAUCUAACAAUACUAGCAACAGAGGGAAGAAAGGUGGAGAUCAAGUUUAUGUACAAGCAAGAUCUUGGGAAAUUUAAGGAAAGAGUUAUGUGUAAGUUUACCCAGGCUGAUGCAGAAGAGUCCAUUAUGGUCGAGAUAGGAAAGAAGGUUACUUUUUCACCUGAAAUAAAAGUGAAGGAGAAAGUCUACGGGCAUGAUAGCAUUAGCAACAGAUUUAAUGCUGAGAAAGAGGAUGAAAACCACAUUGAAGAUGAAUUUAAUAUCAGUCCAGUGAAGUCAGAAAACAAACUAUCAGCAGUAAGCAGUCCGAGAGAAGGAUCAGAUGACCGCACAGUGCAUUUGAAUAGUCCUAAAGAACGUUUAAGUGGCAAAACCCAACAUUUUUGUGACAAAAUGCCCAUCAAAAAUACUAGAAGGCCAAUAUCAAAAGAUAAAUCAAGGUGUAAAAUAGUAAAGUAA